AUGUUUGUUUUCGUUCCGGUUUCUGUGCUGGUGCAGAUGACCUGCCGAUCUGGGAUCAUUCAAGUGAACCUGACGUCGGAGUCGCCUCGUCCGGUGACACCCGGAACGAACUUGGAGUUCACGUACUCCGUCAAGUGGGAGCAGACGGACAUUCCUUUCCGCAAGCGCUUUGACCGCUACCUGGACUACAACUUCUUCGAGCACCAGAUCCACUGGUUCUCCAUCUUCAAUUCGUUCAUGAUGGUCAUCUUCCUCACGGGCCUCGUCUCCAUGAUUCUCAUGCGCACGCUGCGCAACGACUACGCCAAGUACGCCCGGGAGGAGGACGACCUUGAGACGCUGGAGAGGGACGUGAGCGAGGAGUCAGGCUGGAAGCUGGUGCACGGAGAUGUGUUCCGGCCGCCCCGCAACCUCGUGCUGCUGUCCGCGCUGGUGGGCACGGGCGCGCAGCUGGCGCUGCUGGUGUUCUUCGUCAUCAUCAUCGCCAUCGUGGGCAUGCUCUAUGUGGGCCGAGGCACCAUUGCCACUGCCUUCAUCAUCUGCUACGCGCUCACGUCCUUUGUUGGCGGAUAUGUCAGCGGCGGAUUCUACUCCAGAAACGCAGGGAAGCACUGGAUCAAGGCCAUGCUGUUGACGGCGUCGCUAUUCCCCUUCACGUGCUUCGGCAUCGGCUUCAUUCUCAACACCGUUGCCAUUGUCUACCACUCGCUCGCUGCCAUUCCCUUCGGCACAAUGCCAUGUGUAGUAUGUGGUCUUGAUAUCAUUCCCAUUGCCCAUCCCUCUUUCCCCCUCUCUCCACCCAUCCCCCACACCCUUCUCUCCCACUCCGUCCGCUUCUCUUCUGUCCGUGUGAACGUGGUAGUGCUGGUGAUCUGGGCGUUCAUCUCCUUCCCCCUCGCCACGCUCGGCACCAUUGUGGGGCGCAACUGGAGCGGCACGCCUGACAACCCGUGCCGCGUGAAGACCAUCCCGCGGCCCAUCCCGGUGAAGAAGUGGUACCUGACGCCGUGGGUGGUGUCGCUCAUGGGCGGGCUGCUGCCCUUCGGAUCCAUCUUCAUUGAGAUGUACUUCAUCUUCACCUCCUUCUGGAACUACAAGAAGUGGUACGUGACGCCGUGGGUGGUGUCGCUCAUGGGCGGGCUGCUGCCCUUCAGGUCCAUCUUUAUUGAGAUGUACUUCAUCUUCACCUCCUGGAACUACAAGGUGGCCCCCCCACUGGGUGUGACUGUAGCGAAUGAAGGGCCACUGCAGGGAAUGGCCACACUCAUCCCUGGUCAUUAUAUCUUUCAACCCUCCCUUCGCCCCCUCACUUCCCGACCUUCCCUUUACGAAUUGCCUCAUCAAGGACCCCCGCAUUGCCUUCUUAGCCUUGUGCUAAUGCAAAUGCCGCCCCUUCCCCCACACCACCACCCCCUCUCUGCCCCUCCCUCUCCCCACUCCUCCUCCUUUCUCGACUCCCUUGCUUCCAUUCUCCCCCAUCCUUCCUCCCCUCCCUUUCUCCCCUCCCUUCCCCCUCAGGUGUACUACGUGUACGGGUUCAUGCUGCUGGUGUUCCUCAUCCUCGUUAUAGUCACAGUGUGCGUCACUAUAGUGGGCACCUACUUCCUGCUGAACGCCGAGAACUACCACUGGCAGUGGACGGCCUUCUUCUCAGCCGCCUCCACCUGCAUCUACGUCUACUUCUACUCCAUCUACUACUACUUCAUCAAAACCAAAAUGACCGGGUUUUUCCAAACCACGUUCUACUUCGGAUACACCCUCAUGUUCUGCCUGGGACUCGGCAUUCUGUGUGGUGCCAUUGGCUACUUGGGAUCGUCCAUGUUUGUCCGGCGUAUCUAUCGCAACAUCAAGUGUGACUGA